AGGGGUUGACAAAGCUGUACAUGUAUCGACCUCCUGGACCGUUUUCUCACGGUCAACUGAGGCCUGCGGGUGGAAAGUCCGUGAGCGACCUCGACUUGUCCUUUCACCAUCAUGGCUGACCUCAAUCCUCUCGAAAGAGUGACAUCGCAGAACAGGUCAGCGUACUCGCUGGCGACAGUACACAAUGAACCGACACAACAGACGUCGCUCCUGGCAUCUGCUAAUCCUACUUCAUAUGGCACAACCUCGGAAUCCUCUCAACCCUCCGCCAAGAGGAUUCUGUUCAAUGCAACCUUGAAGAUGGCUGUCAUUUUUGUCGUCAGCACGGUGGUUUUGGGUGGCACUCUCUGGCUUGCUUUGCCUCAGCUAGAAGAAGUUGAUCGCCCGGACUUGAAGAUUCCGAAAUCGUUUGCUGAACUCCAAGCACUCAAUACCCUACUCAAGAAAUACAGAGAUAUAUACCCUUACCGCAUUGUCAUUUCCUAUAUCAUUACCUACCUCUUCCUCCAAGCAUUCUCACUGCCAGGUUCUAUGUACCUCUCCAUCCUCGGAGGAGCCGUAUGGGGUGUUCCUCGUGCCCUUCCACUAGCAUGCACAUGUGUUGCAACCGGCGGUACACUGUGUUACCUUAUUAGCGCCGCUUUGGGUCCCGCACUGCUCACGAUGCCCAAAUGGAAAGCCAAGUUCGACGUAUGGUCAGACAAGAUCCGUUCACAGAAGGACAACAUCAUCUCUUUCCUCAUCGUCCUCCGCAUUGCGCCUUUCCCCCCACAUUGGGUCGUCAACGUUCUAUGUCCUCACCUGGGCAUCGGCGUGGCUCCCUUUUGGACCAGCACAUGGUUGGGUAUCUUUGGUGUCUCAGUGAUCCAUACAACCAUAGGAAACAGUCUGGAUGAUAUGACGUCGGCGGCAGACUUCCAUCUCAUCUCGUGGAAGAAUUUCUUCCUUUUGUCUGCUGUCGUCGUGGGUGUGAUGAUACCCGUCGGUUUGCGGUAUUACUUCAAGCGAGAGCUUGCUUCCGUAGCCGAAGUCGAGGCAGAGGUAGAGGAAGUUGAGGCUUUGGAGAAUGGCGACCGUAUCCUAGCUGAAGGCCCUCCUGCUCUUGAUAUUGCCAAAGCAAAGACGGCUCGACUGAUUAUGCUGGCGGACGAUGAAGACGAGGAAUAUUCGGACGAGGACGAGGAUGAAGAUAUAAUUUUAGAGGCUGGGCCUGCGCUCAUUCUGAAACUGGAUGAUACAACAAACAACACUUCAAGUAGUAGCUCGUCGUCAAUUACAUUGUCUCACAUUGGUGUUUUGUGACGACCUUUUGUAUGACACUUUACGAAUACGAUAUCUUCAUACAUGUAUCCACGUGUUGCUUCUCGCACUGGACUUUGAACCUCUUUGAACCUC